AUGACUCGGGCCCAGUUCAACCGCGACUUGGCUCAGGCUUCUCAACAGACCAUCACGCACAUAUCCGGGGUUACCAAAGGAGAGGAUGACGGCCAAGUCCAGUUUGUCUUCUCUGAUGGUGCCCUGUCCUCGCCUGUUGUCAUCCGUCUCGUCACUCUGAACAUCGAUGAAUAUCCGCACAAUUCUGGUUUUCUGGCUUACACGGAUGCCGACUCAAUCCCCACUGCUCUCUCUGACCUUUUCGACGAAAUCCCCAGCUUGAGUCAGAGCAAGUCCAUCCUCAACACCUUGCAACUCAUCUCAAGCUGCAGUCUAGCUUCGGAAACCAACGACAAUUCUGACAUCGAGAUGACUGAUGUUGAAUCGGAGGGUGAGGCCGAUGAGUACGAUUACGAGGACGACAUAGCUUUUGGGCUUGGCUCCGCCUCCCGCUCCCCAACGCCCACCAAUACCCCAAGAGAGCAGGUCAAAGUCACCGGCCGCCUGAUUGAAGACCUUCGCACAGCCAAGCAAGCUGGCUUCAAGGUCGCCUUGCUGACCAAGGUCACGGAACGUGAGGACGGUUGCAUAUUUGCUAUCUCCCUCCCCGUCGCCCAACUAGGUCUCAGUGAGGAUACCCUCGAGGCUUGGGAGGUAAGCUCUUCGGAUUGCAUCGUUCUGCUAUGCAGGUACGACUCAAGAUAUCCUUGUGUGGAGACCUUCAAAGACCUCGCAUCCGGCCAUGCAGCUUCUAUGCAGUUUCGCUUCGGAAAAUGCGCAUCUUUCAAGCCCACUCUCACCUCUGCCUUGACUGCUUUCAGUCCAAAGUUCAACAAUGCCAAAGGCUGCUCAUCAGAAGAUGUCCUGGUGGACGAAACGUCUCAAGGUUCAACAUUCUGUUCGAUGCCCAUUUCAAACUCGAUCAACACCCUCAUGAACCGGCAACUCGCAACGCUGCUGAAGAUUCGCCUGAAUCAUGGCGUGUCUUGGGACAGUGCCACGGAAAUGCUGGAGAAGCUGACCAGAGAUGGACAUAUGCGCGUUUUCGCAUCGGGACCAAGCCAGUCAUUCCAUCUUGCUGACGACACGGAAGCCCAAGUUUCAACAGCUGCCCCCGAGCUUCUCAACAAGGACUACGUCAGACACAGCCCUCGCGCUACAGGUCCUCUGCCAGAAGCGCAGCUCAGUACUCCUCUGAUUGCAAUGCAGUUCUCCUUGCGGUACUUCGUCAAAAGCACCCAGUACUGCCUCGUCUGUCAUCGGAAAACUGAUCCUGGCUUCGCCGCCCUCAAACCCUACGUCUGCAGCGAGCCCCUUUGCCUCUUUCAGUACAUGGCUUUGGGAUUGGGCCCCAGCAUUGAACACGACAUCAUUGCUCGCCCGUAUGUCGUUGACCUUCUGGUCAGCUUUUGCGCCGCCGCUCUGCAGGCCUCUAGAAUUCGUGAAUGGCCGCAGGGCUUGGCUAUCAAGGUGCCUCUCAUCAACAUCUUCCCAACCCCGGCGAACAACUACGGAUUGUUGACCGUCAAUGGUGCCUUCCGGUCUGAGCAAGAACCAGAGACUAGGCGUGUCCGGCCUGCUAUUCCUGUGUUGGCACAGAUUUCGGCUGGACAGUUCGACCUGCACAAAACACAAGACAUGGCGCUGAAGCCUGGAGACAUGAUUGUUCUGGUCAAAUCCGCAACGGUGGCCGAUUGUGGGAGCAAGGACGACGUGCAUCAUUGCCGCAUCAAGAGCGUGGACUCUGUCCGUGAUGGUGAGGGCAACGACAGCGGCAGAGUGGUCAAAUUUGAUUGCACCGUGUCAGUUACCGGAAAUGCAAAUAACCCCCCGGAUCCUUACCGGCCUGCCUCAAGAUCAUCCUCAUCGCCAACUGAAGAAUUUCAUUACAAGCCUGAGGUAACAUUCGAUGACGAAAAGGGCGAGGCUGGGUUAUUCCUCUACGAAUACGACCUCGACGACCUGGAAUCAUACUACCAACGCGAAGCUUUGCUGGUUCUCGUGCAAACCAUUCCUUCGAUCAGAACGUUGCGCGAUUACCUUUUGAGCCACAAGGGAUCAACGUUGGCCGAUUGCCGCAAUGUCUCGCGAUCCGCUCUUGCAUUGCUCCGGUGGAUCGUUGCCUCGAAUCGAUCAUUCAUCGUACAAAUUGAUCAACCAGCGGACCUUGACAUUGGUGGAAUCUCAGGAACUAACUCUCGACAACGUGAGCGCUUCGUUGGAAUGGCUGACGACUGGAUGCAGUUCCGCUUUGCGCAGGGAUCACCCGAAAAGGAGAAUCGUUUCAAGGAGGAGCUGGAGUACCAGGGAAACCAUCCUUACCCGACGCUUUUUGCCUGGCACGGCAGUCAGCUUGGGAACUGGCACAGCAUUAUCAGAACUGGUUUGGACUUCAAGGAUACCCUCAACGGCCGCGCUUACGGCCAUGGCGUUUACUUCGCCCGCGAUUUCUCAGUAAGCCAGGGAUACUGCAGAAACGGUAGAUCAUGCUGGGUCGGAUCGGAGCUCAACCUGCUCGCAGCCAUCAGUCUUUGCGAGAUCAUCAACCGCCCGGUCCAGUUCAAGUCCAUCGAACCAUACUAUGUGGUUGAUAAGGUAGACUGGAUUCAAUGCCGCUACCUCAUAGUCCAACGGAAUCAUUCGGCCGGACCACAGCCCCGGAAUUCGGGCUCUACUUCCGAGACCGACUAUGUCCCCCAGGACCCUGCUCGACAAAUCACGGGUAUGGGAAACAUUGCUGGGAAGGUCCCCGUGGCUGCGCUUCCAAGAUGGCGUCAGACAUCAGCUCCCUAUGGGUCUUCGCUGUCCCAGUCGACUAGGUUGGCGGACAACGAGCUUGAUAAUGAGCCAGACGACUUCGACUUGAUGAUAGAGCUUCGAGAGAACGGAGAAAUUGAUGAAGAGAAUGGAAAGACGGCCAAAGACUCUGACCCUAACAAAACGGACUUCGUUCCGGGCGCUCUUGAUUAUGAGCUGCUGCCCCAACUUCCUCCUCCCAGCUGGGCCUCCGACCAAGGAAGAAAGUUCGUGGGCGCGGAGCUCAGCAAGUUGCAAAAGUUGCAAGCCAACACACCUUUUCACCAGCUCGGCUGGUACAUCGACUUCGAAAACAUCACGAACAUGUUCCAGUGGAUUGUAGAGCUCCACAGUUUUGAGAAGUCUCUUCCUCUCGCGCAAGACAUGCAUCGUCAGGGUGUCUCCAGCGUUGUUGUCGAGAUCCGCUUCGGUCGUCAUUUCCCGAUGUCUCCCCCCUUCGUCCGCGUCAUUCGUCCUCGCUUUGUUCCGUUCUCAGAAGGGGGUGGCGGACACGUCACGGGUGGUGGUGCCAUGUGCAUGGAGCUUCUCACCAACAGCGGCUGGAGUCCCGCCAGUAGCAUGGAGAGCGUUCUGCUCCAAGUGCACAUGGCCAUGUGUAGCCUCGAUCCCUUUCCGGCACGACUUAUAGGCAACAAAAAGGGCGACGUAAACGACUACAACAUCUACGAGGCUAUUGAAGCGUACAAGCGCUCCGCCAACGCUCAUGGCUGGGAGGUCCCGGACGACCUAGAAAUGACGGCGAAUGCGCUGUGA